AUGUGCUUUGGGAUUAGUCGUAAACCUCAGCGCCUUGAUUCCAGAGAAGAUGAGCUGGCGAUCGAUGUCGACCUGUACAGUCUAUCGCCUUAUAAGCACAAAGAACAAGAGCACUCCAACCUAGUCAUAAUCAAAGAGGAAUGUUUUGAAGUAGACACUUAUCCCAGUUUUACAGUGAAAACACCCCAAGCUUCAAGAGGACAGCUGCUAUCUUCUGCAUAUGAGCCGCUGGCAGACUUCAAAAGUUUUGAUGGCCAUUUUGUGUCUGGUGAAUUUUCAGAGAUAUCAGAAAUACAAAACACGUCCUCCGAUUCAUCAGACAAACUCUCUACAAAAACCUCUAUCGAUGACACUGUUGACCAGUUAAUAGCACCAAUAGAGGAUCCAUUGGAAUUUGAUGGUCACUCUAUACUCAACCAAUUUUCAGUAGAGCACAAUGGCCAGUUUCCCUCUGAGGCUCAGGAGGAUGGAGAAGCACGGGAAAUAUAUGAGGAUGCUGCAACCACGACAGAACAUUGCAAAAAGAGAGUAAAGAUACAGAAACCGCCAAACAACUUCAGUUGCUAUGAUGGCGGGAAGGCGUUUCUACGGCAAAAUGCUGCCAAAAACCGUCUCAGAAAACAUCGAUUUUCAAAGUUGAAACCAAACGAAAAGUUUCGGUGUGAUGUCUGCGGGAGAUGUUUUCAUUCUAACACCAAUCUCUCGGUUCACUAUUUGGUCCACACAGGGGAAAGACCCAAUAAAUGCAGUUUUUGUGGAAAAGGCUUCUCCCAGAAAGGAAAUUUACAAGUUCAUGAACGCAUCCACAGAGGAGAGAGACCUUUUAGUUGUGUCACCUGCGGAAGGAGUUUCACCCAGAAAGUUUGUCUACGAAAUCACGAACGUAUCCACAGAGGAGAACGACCUUUUACUUGUAUAACCUGCGGAAAGGGUUUCACCCAGAAAGUCACCCUCCAACAACACCUCAUUGUCCAUGACAGAACGGCUAAACCAGUCAGGAGGAAACCAAGGAAAAAUCACCGUGAUAUAAAUUAUAGCUUUAUAAAUGACCUCUAA